CGAAAGCAGAAAAGAUAAGGUUCUUUUGUGUGCCUAAUAUGCAGAUGUGUACUGUGGUCAGGAUGAUGUGCUGUACUGCGUUUGCCACUUUUUUCCUGUUAGGUGUUGCUUCUGGCCAGACUUCUCUUCAGAUUUCAUCCUGCUUGACUAAGGACCAAAACCUGCAGAUGUCCUGCAAGUUCGUUCCAGCUACAGACCCCAAGCUCCUGAAGACUUGCUACUACAUGACUGAGAACAAGUUGAUUGGCCAUAGCAACAGCAGCAUCACACCAGACAGCACCUUCAAGAACCGUGCCAAUGUCUCCAUUUCCAAUACCACAUGUGAGCUGUAUUUGAAAGGUUUCUCAGCUGACAAACCCACAAACUACACUUGUUUCAUCAAACAGACUGCCUCACCAGUGUCAGUCGUGGCAACUGUGGACAAGAGUAAGCUUCAGACCUGUUCUGCCUGGUGUGUUGUGCAGCACAGUGGAGCAGCACUCCUGCUAGCUUUCCUCACUUUCCCACUCUUGUCAGAGCUUCUUUGAGU